GUGCCAUGUUAUGUAACUGGACCAGAUUUGGGGUUUGAUGAGACUGAAACAAGAAAAAAAUGUUUAGAAGGGAGGCUAGGGGUGAUGAAUGAUAUUACCCAUGUUCUGAUGAUUCUAGCUUAGGAUCUGAUGAUGGUGAAUGGUGUUUUGAAGAUGUGGAAAGGAGGAAGCUAAAACUUUCAAAAUCUAGAUACAAAACUGCUACAAAGGGUGAUAGAUUUGAUAAAACUUGUAAGAAAAUAGUGUGGCGGUUAGGUAUGAUUUUUGGGAGUGUGGAUGAGUUUAGAGAUGCAGUUACUAAGUGUGCAGUUCAGAGAAGAGUGCAGAUUGAAAAGUUUGUUAAUGAGCCAACUAGAGUAAGAGUGAGGUGUUGCAAAAAGAAUUGCAAAUGGAUUUUGUAUGCAAGCCUUGAUAAUGAAACUAAUAACUUUGUCAUCAGGACUUAUAUUCCAUUACACAAGUGUGAGAAGUCCACCAAAAAUUACUUGUGCAAUUCUAAGUUCCUGGCUGUUGUCUUUAGAAAAAGAAUAGUUGAACAACCAAACAUAAGAGUGUUUAAGUUGCAAGAGUUGGUUAGGAAGAAGUUUAAAGUACAUGUUGGCAAGACCACAACCAGGAGAGCAAGAGCUAGAGUGUUGAAGGAGAUUGUGGGUGAUCAUAUUCUUGAGUUUGGGAAAAUUCUUAAUUAUAUGGAUGAGUUGUUAAGGACAAACAUUGGGAGUACUUGUGUUGUGAAGCUUGGUGAUGCUAAUGAACUUGGUCAGCCAGUUUUUGAAGCUUUUUACAUCUGUUUUGGUGCACUCAAGCAGUCAUUCAUGCAUGUUAGGAAAUGCAUAGGCAUAGAUGGUUGUUUCUUGAAAGGAAUAAGUAGGGGACAAUUACUAGUUGCUAUUGCUAAGAUUGGAAUAACCAAAUGCUUCCACUUGCUUGGGCAGUAGUAGAAUAUGAAAACAAAAAUACUUAGACUUGGUUUUUGAACUAGAGGUUCUCAAACAUCUGCUACUCCUAGUUCAUCUAAUGCACCUAGUUCAGCUACUACAAAUAAAGGAAAGAAAAAAGUUGUGGCAACAACAACCCCAUAUAAAGGCCAUGAGUGGUGGGAAUAGGUGUGUUUCAAGCUGAGAAUGGGGUCACAGCUUUUAAUCCUGGACUGCCAAGUCAGAGAAUUGUAUCUCUUGGACCAAGAAAGAUAAUAAGAUACUCGUGUAGGCUGGUGAUAUUGGUUUCAAACCAACAAGUAGAAGUGGAAAGUAACUAAAUCAAUCACAACUAGAAAGCUUCAAGAGAUUAGAGAUCAAGCAAGGGCUAAUGGUUCAAACAAUGCAAGUCAAAGUACCACUCCUUCAUUGCCAAGAGACCCGUGGAAGCUAUAAUGUUGAUAUUAAAUGUUGAUUUUGUUAAUUUAGAAGUACUGUAUUUUGUUAAUGUCAAAGCUACUUAAGACUUUAAGCAACUGUUUUGUUCAUGUUCGUAAAAGGUAUUCAGAUGUACCAUUUUUUAUUUAUUUAUGAAACUAUAUUUUCUUGUAAGAAAUGGUACUGAAUUCUGGUAUUUAUAUGCAAUGUUGAAUUCCUG